AGUGAGCCACCCCCACCCCCCGCUCGGUGUGUGGGCUGACCUUCGAGGGGCUGAGCUUCGAUGGAGGACCACAUGAUGGGGCACAACAAGGAGAAGCGCUAUGAGUGUGACGUGUGUGGCAAGACCUGGCAGUGCCCGAGCCGGCUGGAGACCCACCGACGGGUGCACACGGGAGAACGCCCCUUCGAUUGCUUGGAGUGCGGCAAGAGCUUCACCUUCGAUAGCCAGCUGCAGCGGCACAACCUCGUGCACUCCGGCGAGAGGCCCUUCACCUGCUCCGACUGCGGCAAGAGCUUCAAGACGGCGAAUGAGCUGAAGAGACACCGGCGGAUACACACGGGUGAGAAGCCCCAUGGCUGCUCCACCUGCGGCAAGAGCUUUGCCCAGUUGUCGGGGCUGCGGGAGCACCGGCGGGUGCACAGCAGUGAGCGGCCCUUCACCUGCUCCGAUUGCGGCAAAGGCUUCAAGUCGGCACCAGUGCUGAAGAAGCACAAGCGUGUGCACACCAGCGACCGUCCCUUCAACUGCGCCCAGUGUGGCAAGGGCUUCACCCGCUCCACCAGCCUGCUGGAGCACCAGCGCACCCACACUGGCGAGCGCCCCUACACCUGCGCCCAGUGCAGCAAGGGCUUCACCCGCUCCACCAGCCUGCUGGAGCACCAGCGCACCCACACUGGCGAGCGCCCCUACACCUGCGCCCAGUGCAGCAAGCGCUUCACCCGCUCCAGUCACCUACUGCUGCACCAGCGCACCCACACCGGCGAGCGUCCCUACACAUGCGCCCAGUGCGGCAAGCGCUUCACCCAGUCCAGCAACCUACGGGUGCACCAGCGCACCCACACUGGCGAGCGUCCCUACACCUGCGCCCAGUGCAGCAAGGGCUUCACCCAGUCCAGCAACCUACGGGUGCACCAGCGCACCCACACCGGCGAGCGCCCCUACACCUGCGCCCAGUGCAGCAAGGGCUUCACCCGCUCCACUCACCUACUGUUGCACCGCCGUACCCACACCGGCGAGCAUCCCUACACAUGCGCCCAGUGC